CCAUCUCUCUUCGCCUUUAGCCAUUCAGAGUCGUUUUCCCGUGUAUGUGUGUGCAGUAAUGUGCGAGUGAAUGUGUGCACACAGUUUAAUUUAAUACUUAUAUUUCGUACCACAAAUAAUCAGGUUAUCAAAGGAAUCGCUUCUUAAACUACUUCAUACAACAAGCAAGCGACGACGUUGAGAAAAUAAAAGCAUUGCAGAAUAUGGCGUCCAGCUAGAAACAAACACUUUCACUUGCACCCAGCUGUAUUCAUCGCGGCAGAAGAGAAAAGCAAAAGUGUCUUUGGUAUACAAAAAAAAAAAAAAAAUACCUUAACCACCAAUGAGUUUUCCGUAUUGGGUUUGCGGCAAUUAGCUAGCUGUGAUUCACUAAAGGGUAACCUGCAGAGAUAAAGAUAAAAUCGCGACUCACCUCGGAAUUUGACAAAAGGAACAAAUAAGGCAAUAUUACAAGAGCGGCAACGGCGAAUCACGACAUCGGGCAUAAUAUUGCACCCACACACACACACACAAGGUUGGGCCAGAGAGAGAGAGAGAGAGACGAUUCGAUCAUCGAGGCAGCAUUAAAUUGUUGCCAUAAAACAAUAACAAUAGCAUGGGCAACGACGACAAUCGUCGAAGGAAGACACCUUGCGGCUGUUGCAUGUCUGUGUUCAAGUGGAUUCCCGUUCUAUUCAUAUUCGCCGUUAUCGGCUGGUCCUACUACGCCUAUGUAGUGGAGCUAUGUGUUCUAAACACGGAAAAUCGUGUGUCCAUGAUAUUCAUGCUUUUCUUUUAUCAUAUCACACUGAUACUAUUCCUAUGGUCCUACUGGAAAACCAUUUCCACAUCGGUUGGCCGCGUGCCGGAUCAUUGGCGCAUUCCGGAUGAGGAGGUGAAUCAUUUGUUUCGUGCGGAUAAUCCGGAGACGCAAAAGCGCAUAUUAAAUAACUUUGCGCGCAAUUUGCCAGUAACAAAUCGCACAAUGAACGGCUCUGUGAGGUUUUGUGACAAAUGCAAGAUCAUUAAACCAGAUCGAUCGCAUCAUUGCAGCGUUUGCAGUUGCUGUGUGCUGAAAAUGGACCAUCAUUGCCCCUGGGUGAACAAUUGCGUUAACUUUUUCAAUUACAAAUUCUUUGUAUUGUUUCUGGGAUAUGCAUUGAUCUAUUGUUUAUACGUUGCAUUCACCACGCUGCAUGAUUUCAUACAGUUUUGGCAGAACGAAAACCAUUACUUGGAACAGGGACAACUUAAUGGCAGCGGCAUGGGUCGUUUUCACAUACUCUUUCUGUUCUUCAUAUCCAUCAUGUUUGCCAUUAGCUUGGUAAGCUUAUUCGGCUAUCACAUCUAUUUGGUGCUCGUCAAUCGCACCACUUUGGAAUCGUUUCGAGCUCCCGUCUUUCGUGUUGGCGGACCGGAUAAGAAUGGUUAUAAUCUGGGCCGUUAUGCCAACUUUUGCGAGGUAUUUGGCGACGACUGGCAGUACUGGUUCCUGCCCAUAUUUACCAGUCAUGGUGACGGAUUGAGCUACCCAACGGCGACAGAUCAGACGGGCAACCUGCGUUACGAUGCGAUGGGCAACACCAUGAACAGCAACAGCAACAACACCAACAACAGGUUAGAUGUCCAACCGACAGAUAAGUUGAUUGACGCAAUACCCCUCAAUAAUCAUCAACCUCAUCUGGAGCUAGACAAUGGCCAACAACAAAUCCCGUCUAGUCAAGUAAUUGUUAACAUUGAGCAAACAAUACCAUUACCACUGUCUGCUGAAGCUUCAGCGAUAGACCCGAGCAAUGCCGGCGUUGUCAUUGAUAUAAUCGGUGAUCAGUCGGUUAAGGAUGCUAACGUGUUGAACGGUGGUUCCCAGUUGGCCAAUGGAGCUGCUGAUAAGAUCGUAUAGAUAUCAUUUAAUUUGUAUAGCCAGGAUCACAUGCAAGCAGAAGAAGAAGUUCCAUGAUGUUGUUCUUAUUAAAUGGUAGCUGCCAGAGCUCGUGCCAGUCGAUUUGAAAUGUGUUGUAAAUGUGUAUUUAAUAUAUAUAUUCGUAAGUUUUAUUAACGAUUGAGAUAAUGUAUUUGUAAAAUGUAUACCUCUUAACCUGCUACAGCUACUUGCCCAGUUCAAAUCGAUCCCCAAUCUCUCACUUUGAUUCCAAUUCCCAACAGACAGUACACAUACAUAUAUGUUUUAUAUAUCAAUUUCAAUGAGACUAUCAAUAUAUAUAUUUCAUUAAGUACAUAUUAUAUAUAGGCUAAGUAAUUGUUUUCCUAUACAUAUAUAUAUAAAUGACACGCCUGACGAAAUUAACUGAAUUGAACUUUUGGCAAUACUAAGUAGUAGCAUUAACUUAAUUCUUGUUAAAUCUUGUACGAAUUUUAAGCAACUCUUGAGCACAUAUACAACUAGUAAUUUAUAUUAAUAUAAUAAUAAUCAUUCGAUGAAUUCACAAUUAUACCAGCAAAUUGUCUAAUUAUUUUCUAUAUAAUUUCAUAAAAGACUUGUUGUAAUACCAAAAUGAUCCACAGCACAGCCCAUGAGAAUAGACACGAAUUUAAAACUGGGGCAUUAUUGAUGCUUUUAUUAACUUUAA